AAAAGAUUGGCAAGGACCACAAGUCAUUAUUUCUAAAGCCCCAUGUGUACAAGAAAUAAACGGCGGACAGGGACUGACAGAACUGCCCGCGCGCCUCCAGGAAAGAGGUUUAACUGGAAGGUGGUCGCCGUUGAAACCUCCGUUACCCAUGAUUUCAACUCCCGAACCGGUGCUAUUUGGGAAAGUUACACGUGUUUCUCAGGAUGUCUGAUGUGAAUGUCUGUUCGACUGUGAGUGGAAAAAACCCACCUCCACCCGAAGUUACACAUCCCCAGAGGCCUGGUCGUGUAACCAAUCAGCUGCUAUAUCUGGAGAGAGUGGUGAUCAAAGCUUUAUGGAGGCAUCAGUAUUCCUGGCCUUUUCGGCAGCCAGUUGAUGCAGUGGCGCUGUGCAUCCCUGAUUAUUAUAAACUCAUCAAACAUCCAAUGGAUCUGGGCACAGUAAUGCAGCGGCUGAAAAAUAGAUAUUACUGGGAAGCAAAUGAAUGCAUAAAAGACAUCAGCACCAUGUUCAACAAUUGUUAUGUGUACAACCGGCCUGGAGAUGACAUUGUUUUUAUGGCCCAGACCCUGGAAAAGAUUUUCUUGCAAAAAGUCUCCCAAAUGCCCAAGGAAGAAGUCAUUGCAACUCUCCCCAAAGAUGAGCCUGAAAAAGAAGAGCCUGUAAAACAGAGACCCGUUGUGUCAGAGAUUGCUCUUCAGGAGGCUACAGUCCUUUCCAAUGGGGUUCAUCUUAACACUCCCACUCGCCUCUGUGCACAAACGGAUUCAACAUUAAAUAUCAAAAAAUGUUUAAAGAAGAAAAUGGUAUCGGGGACCCCUGUGACUGCCACCCUCUCCAGAGGAGAUGAAUUUGCUGCUGAAGAACAUUCAGCUUCUAUACCACUGAUCUCCAGGACAGGCAGUGGAAGGCCCGUCAAGCCUCCAAAGAAAAACUUGGACAUGUUUGAGGACAAAAGAGUCAGACUGACCGAGAAGCUGAGAGACUGCAACAACAUUCUUAAAGAGAUGCUUUCGAAGAGGCACUGUGCAUACGCAUGGCCUUUUUAUACACCAGUGGACGCAAUUGCUUUGGGUUUACAAGACUACCAUGACAUUAUCAAGCAGCCUAUGGACCUGAGCACCAUCAAGAAAAAAAUGGACCAUCAGGAGUAUACAAAUGCAACAGAAUUUGCAGCUGACGUCCGACUCAUGUUCUCCAACUGCUACAGAUAUAAUCCUCCAUCACAUGGGGUGGUGUACAUGGCAAGAAAGCUUCAGGAAGUGUUUGAGGCCCGCUACAUGAAAAUGAGCCAAGAACCAGAAGGUUGCCCUGUGUCUCGUCAGCCAGGUGACACUGGGAAAGCCGACAGAGUCGGAAGUCUGUCAACUUCAGCAAGUUCUGAGACUGAAGGUCCUUCAGAGCAGGAGAGCUCAUCUAAGGAAGUCAACACGCAGCUGGCUCAUCUAGAAGAGCGGUUGAAAGCUGUCGGCACUCAGCUUGCCAGACUGACCCAGGAGCCCCUGAUGAAAACAAAGGAGAAGCAAAAAAAGGAAAAAAGACUGAAAGGAAAAAAUGCUGCUCAACUAAAAAGGAAAUGUAUAAAAUCUAAAACCGGUGUAGAAAAAUCCACCGCCAGCAAAACCUUGUCUUUACUUGGAGGGAAAACCUCUUUUGGAGUCCCUCUAAAAAGUGAGAAUGAGAUCUCAUCCAAACCAGUGACCUACCAGGAGAAGAAGCAGCUGAAGUCUGACAUCAACAUGCUGCCUGGUGAUAAACUGGGCGAGUUGUUGAACAUCAUCAAAAGCAGAGAGUCCUAUUUGCAGGAGUCCAAUCUAGAAGAUGUUGUGAUUGACUUUGACAUGGUGAAGCCCUCCACACUCACAGUCCUGCAGAGGUUUGUUGCAGAGUGUCUGAAGAAGCGAGGCAAGAGUGGAAACAGCAAGGACAGAUUUGUCUCAUUAAGUAAACAACGUAAGCCCAAAGGAGUACAAAUACAGAACCAUGUCAGUAAGUCAGUAUCUGCCAGCAGUGAACCUCUAUCCAUCAGCAGAAAAUCAGCCAACGUUGUGGCGUGUUCUGACUCUGACGACCUUCCAUGGCUCACUGACAGCAGCCGGUCUUCAUCCAGUUCCAGUCUCGGCUGCAGCACGUGCAGUAGCAGCACAAGUUCAAGUUCUUCUGACAGCAGUUACUCUGAUUCAGGCCCAAAACCAAAGAAGCAAAGUUUCAAAGGGUCCCACAAAAAAGUGACUCCGAGGGCCAUCUGUGAAACCAGUAGUUUGAAAACCCAGACCAAGGACUCAAUGAAAGCUUCAGAAGGAACAUCUCAGGCUCUUUCUUCCAAUCAGACCACUGGAGCAGAAGAGUGCAGCCCAUUAUGCCCCAAUGUAGACAAGUAUGACCACCUGAUUCUGUCUCCUGCAGAUUUUUCAGCCCUUUUGUCUCCCAUGGCUCCAUCUCCUGAAAUUAUUCCGGAGUGGACUUCUGCCAGAUUUGAGGUUUCAGUGCUGUCCCCCCUCAGAGACACACCGUUACACUCCAAAGAUGAAACGGGUUGCAAUUUCAGAUACACUGAGGAUUUUCUUGACACUCCUUUGAUGAGUGGCCCUCAGACUGAUGGAGGACAUGACUCUGGUGAAGAGGAACUGCCUCAAAUCCCUAAAAAGGAUAUUUGUCUAAAAAAUGCUGAGUCGUGGGCGAAGCUAGUGAAAAUCUCAGUUGCUCCAACUGCGAUCAAGUCUUCCAAAGAAACCUUCCAGCUCUUCCGUAAGGCGGCGAUGGAAAAGGAGGAGCGCAAGAAACAACUGAAGAGGAAACUGAUGGACGAAAAUGACAAGACGGAGACUUCUGAACAAAACAGCUUUUUGGGGCCGUGUGCUGAAGAACCAGCUGACAGGCCCGAUGUGCUGCAGAAGAGCUGCUCAGGAGCUCGUCCAGAAGCUUUGAAGCAGCUCGAGCAGCAGAAGUUUCCCGUGGAAAUGCAGCCUUUAACCCCGAGGUCCUCUGCAGAAAAUGCAAGAGAAGUGGCCCGAAAAAAAGAGCAAGAACGUCGCAGGCAGGAGGCUAUGUCUGGUUUUGACAUGACUAUGCAGUGGGACAUCAUGACCUCAUUUGAGCUGAGUCUGGAUUAACACUCAUCUUGAAAAAAACUUUUUUUUUUCAACUUUCGAUUUGAACUGCCAUUUGAGCCGCUGGAAAAAGUCAGUUUAAGUGCUUUCAGUUCAUGCACUAGACUUUGUUCAAUGUUCUGUUCUGUUUGUUAGAAUUGUCACAGUAUAGAUUCGUUAUUUGUGUGUUUUUGUCUUUAUGUAAAAAAAUAAUAAUCUGUUUUUCACUGUAUCACAUGCACAACCAUCAGUAAAUGGAGCUGCAAAAAGUGAAAUAAAUGUUUUUCUGUGUGUCCCAGAAAAACUAUUGAUGAUCUGAACUCU